CCCUCCCUCGAAAGUUCAAACAGCCGGUCGCAGAAUGCUGUAAGACACCGGCGCGUGCGCACGUGACGCGACCGCGAGUGACUAAAGUGAUUGUACAGUGUUUCCCUGUGGAUUUGCAAUUAAUAGAUUGUCCAAUGGCGACACCGCAGUUCACUUGUUUGUUCGUCAUGUUCACAUUAGUUGUUAAGACGUGUGAUAGUCACAUCUCCGCGCAAGACAUUCCACCAAAUCUCAUGAAGGAAGUAGAGGAUAACAGUCGUUACAAGACAUUGGAAGCAAACGCCACAUUGUUAAAACUUCUUGUGGAUAAUAAAGAUGGUGUGAGCAAAUCAGAAGUAUUCGACAUGUUGCAUUCGAGAGAUGAAGUUGCGGAACAUAUCGACCUCCCUACCUUUCCAGAAGAUGCUGAAGAGGGCCGCGUUGAUGUUCCUAUCAUACCUGACUCACAGGCCGAGUUCUUACAAGCUGGUGAGAUAGUUCGUAAGGACUCAGAAGAAAUGCAGUACUCAGAGGAGCCGGUUGGAACAGCAGCUGGUAUCAUGGUACUCGUAACCCUCACCAUCGUGUGUCUCGCUUACACCGCUCUUAUUGUAUGGAGACGGAUAUACUUGAAGAGAAAUGGCCUUAAACAUGAGCUAUUAAGAAAUGAGGAACUCAUUGCCGAGACUAGGAUAGAGUUGUGAAAGAAGAAACCGUUUGAUAGAGAUCAACGGUAGCUUAUCAACGUUAUCUUCGAGGAAACUGGGAACCAACUAAAGACUGAUUUAAGACAUUACUAUCAUCGUUUGAUUUGAUAAGAAAAACAUGCGUUUUUUUUACAAAAAUAUUAAUACCUAUAUUAGGAAUACCGUCCUCAGUAAUAUAUGUAUAAAAAUUAGUAAAGUAAUCUUUAAAUAAGAAUGAACUAUUUGUAUUAUUUAUUUGUAAAGAACAUGGCACUUUACAUUAAAUUUAGUUCAUAUACACUAAAGCCCUUCGAAUGUAGCUAUGUCAAAUACUCCCGUUAGGUCAAGACAAGAUUGUGACGUGAGGUACGAAUUGAAAUACGGUGUUGAAUAAAUCUUAUUCUUCAAAGGAUCCAAGUAGGAGAACAUGCUAUAUGUAUAGAACAAAUUUGCAUUUUAUUUUCAGUUGGCAACCACCUCAUUUAUACAUUUUCUACUUACUGAUAGUUAUUUACAGUCUCAUUAAUAAACUAUUACAUUGAAAUACUAUUUCAAACAGCAAUUAAACGUACUGUUAUCACUUUUAUGACACUGAGUAUAGUCUUGUUACAUUCAUUUAUACUCUGUGAAGGUUUAUGAAUAAGACAUCUAGUAUGUUAUCUUAAUGUUAAGUUAAAUAUUGGUUUUGUCAAAUAUUUAUAUUGAAUUCUGUUAAUAAAUUCUUAAGGACGUGCCAUAAAGGACGUAUAGUGUGAGAGAUUCAUUAUUUAAUAACUUUAAAUAUGUCUGUGAUUUGAUUAUUUAAUAUGGAAGUAAAUAAAGUGAUACAAGUGAUAAAAA